AAAUUAUUAUACCUCUCUUUACUAAUACAUACAAAAAGAACAUUCACUAUUAGGCAUCUAUCUAUCUACUUGUACAAAAGGUAUCCAUGAGAAUUGUUGAGAUAUGCUGUGAGGUAAAACAUAGCAUUCAUACUCUGGCAAAGAAUAAAAAUUAUCACGUCAUAUCAUAUAUCGAUACAGAUACCUAGAGAUACAAGAUACAAGAUACAAGAUACAGAUAGUGAAUCAUGAGACAAGCCUUCUCCAGUUCUUCAAUACGGCAGUCACACGUAUUGAAAUCCAGCCUCAUUAUAUUUGUUCCUUUACACCGACUUCACUUCAACCUCUCAACCUGAUGGAUAUACAGGUCUACUAUCGUUUAAUGGCAACUGAUUAUUAAUUCUCAUAUAUUGAAAUCUUCCCUACUUCAUAGCUUACUUAACCUCCGAAUCACGACAAACUUCGCCUUUCAAGUCAGCGAUAACCUACAUCAUCAAGGCUUGAUCUAUCGUAUUUAUUCAAUCAAAUCAAGUCUUGAUGCAGCUAACCUCAUGUCAAUAUCAUUUCAUCAAUAUCUCCUCGAAGCCUCCUUGAAUUCACCCAAAGAUAUUAGACCCAACCAUGGAUAUCAAUCAACUACCACCAGAAUUAAUUCUAUGUAUUGGGGACACCCUUCGGAGAGCUCCACUUAACGCACUAGUCCAAACCUCUAGACGACAUGCGACAAUCCUAAGUCCUCUUCUCUAUCACAAAGCUUUUCGUCGUCACUAUCGUCCAGCUGUAGAUCAUGAACCUGAACCAAGAGCCAGAUCAAUAUGGGUUUACAGUCGAGGUCGCAGUUAUGUUUCUCAACGACGUCUAUGGUCUUGCGUCCCGUUUUGGGAUUCCGAAUAUGUAAUGGAAUAUUUUUGCAAUCGAUCGCUGGAAUGGGCCGAAACUCGCUUUGGGGGAAGAGAAAGGAAUGGUGCUAAUUGGUUACAUCUAUUGGCUGCAGCGGGCCAUGAGAAGCUUUUGAAGAUGUUCAUGGAGAAAGGUCUUGAUGUUAAUUCACGUGACUGGGCCGAGAAUACCGUUUUGCAUUCUGCAGCAGCAGCGGGGCAGACCAAAACGUUUGAUAUUUUGAUUGAAGCAGGUGCAGAUAUUUUGGCUGUGAAUCAAUCAAAUCAAUCAGUGUUGGUUUACGCAUUGGUGAGACAUAAGAUGGGAGCUUGGAUAAAAGUCAUUGAUGCCGUGAGAGCGAGAGGUGGAGAUAUUAAUUCCAAUAGCGAUCACACAGGAGUACCACCGAUAUUCCUAGCUACGAGAGUAAGAGAAGCGCAACCAGUUAUUAAACAUUUCUUGGACAAUGGAGUCGAUGUUUUUCAGGUAUUACCAACGAGUAAUGAUACCCUGCUUCACUGGGCUGCUCGUUUCGGUCAUGAAGAUAUUGGAAAUUUCUUAGUUUCACAAAUGAGAAGUCGUCCCGAGUUCAUCUCAUUUCUUAACGUUCAACACGUGGCUCCUUUGCAUCUCGCAAUACGGCAUAAAUCGUGGUCCCUUGCUAAAACCCUGAUAUCCGAUGGAGCAGAUCUUGAAAGUCAAGAUGAGUUUAACCGUAGUGCUCUGGAUCUAGCUAUCAUCUAUCGAUGUUUCCCACUAUUCCAAGAUAUACUAUCUAGAUAUGCCCACCCGGUGAAAGCCGCUACCGAAUUUAAAAAAGCCCUUACAAGAAGCAUCAAAGAGAAGGAUUCCACGGCAGUUCUCCACAUAGUCAGCCUCCAAAGCCUCGAAAAACCCUGCAGUCUAAAAUUUCAACUCCCGACCCUCCAUUCGCUAAUCGAAACUCACCGCAACAGCAUCUCCGGCUGCGAAAUCAUUGAAAUCAUCGGCGACGCAAACGCAGAUUUUCAUCUCCUCUCCAAGCCUUCCGGUGAAACCCCACUCCACGCCGCAAUCCGCAAACCUAUCGAAAGCUCCGUGUGCCGCGAUAGACUAAUCACCUACCUUCUGCACAAAACACACGAUUUUUCCCUGCUCACCCGCGAAGGAAAUUCCAUCCUCCACCACGCCGCUCGCUACGGAUCCCCAAAAAUAGUAGAGCUAGUCCUCAAACACCCAGGUACAACUCCCGAACUCUUCGCCCUGGAAAAUAAUGCCGGGAAAACAGCUCUACAAGAAGCAGCCCAGCGAAACGGAAAUCAUAAACAAACCGUCAAAUUACUCAUGCAGGCAAGAAAAGACUUCGAUCACCGCAGCAUAAGAGAGAAAAUUAUCUCGAGAAGUCCAAGAAAAAUAGGAAAACCAGCAGUACCAGAUCCACCUAUCAGGGGCGAAAGUGAAAUGGAGGAAAAUCCGGAAAUAUUCAAGAAUAAAUCAACAAAUAUGAAGAUGUCGAAUGGUAGUAUAGGAUUAGGAAGUCCAAUGGGUAAAUCUCGCGAAAGAAGGAUUACGGAACGGGGAAAUUUUUCCAUAGGGGAAAAUCAUGAGGAUGUACCGUCGGAAGCUUUCCAAGAUGUGGAUUUUGAGGAUACGGAAUGAUUUGUUGAAGAGUGAGAGAGUUUUGAUGAUGCGGUCUUAACUAGAGAGCUUAUUUAGAAUAUAUGAAGAACCCAACUGAACUGGAUCGAACCGAAUUGAUACAUUUUAUCCAUUAUCCAUCGUGGUGUCUGGGUUCGUUCGGGUUUGGGUUUGGGUUUAAUGGGAGUUGGUA